AUGACAGGAGUAAUGGUCCGUCCAUCAUUGAACAUCGGAUUGGAACACUUAGCCUCAUCGACAGACCCCAAGAAAUGGCCUCAUCUAAGGGACCUAUCAAUGCUUAAGCUGGAUGUUAAUGAAGUUCAUCUACUCAUUGGACAAGACACCCCAGACCUUAUGUUUCCAGAGGACACCCGAAGAGGAAGGCCAGGGGAUCCAUAUGCUUGUCUAACCGCCUUAGGCUGGGUCAUGAAUGGUCCUAUAAGCCAAGGCAAACCAAACACUCUCAUCUCAUCGAACUUUUUAAAUGCUGAACCAGAACUGAACAUUGAGCAAACACUGAGCAUUGAGCAGCAACUAGAGAACCUUUGGAAGCUAGAAGAUGAUGAUUGUGAUGCCAGUCUAGGCUUGUCUAGCAGUGACCGGAAAGCUUUGAAUAUCUGGAAUCAAUCUGUGGAGCUUAUUGAUCACCACUACACAAUGGACAUCCCAUWUAAARAAAGACCACCUGAUUUACCGGACAAUAGACUUGUGGCCGAGCGACGACUGCACCUUCUCGACAAAAGACUACAGAGGAAACCAGACAAGUGCAGGCUUGUUUACGACUGUUCUGCUAAAUAUCGAGUAUCGCUAAAAGACAAGGUGCAUCAAGGUCCUGUUAUGACMAAUAGCCUGGUUGGCGUGCUGCUUCGAUUCAGGCAAGAGCCUAUUGCCUUCAUGGCAGACAUUCAAGGCAUUUUUAAUCAGGUGCAUGUGAGUGAGGACGACCGGGACGCCCUUCGAUUUUUGUGGUGGCAAGAUGAUGACCCAACUAAGACUCCAUUGGUGUUCCGGAUGACAACCCAUCUCUUCGGGGGAGUGUGGUCACCCAGUUGUGCCAAUUUYGCCUUAAAGAAGUGUGCGCAAGACAAUGUAAUGGACUUUCAUCCUAGCACGAUCUCAACGGUGGAUAAAAAUUUCUAUGUGGAUGACUGUUUAAAAUCUGUCGCCACCAUUGAGGAGGCAGUAACUCAARUUGAAGAGUUGCGAGAGCUGCUGUCAAGAGGCGGUUUCAACCUUACAAAAUGGAUCAGCAAUUCAAGAGAAGUUCUUCGCACUGUACCAGAAGUCGAGUGGUCAAAGGAAGUCAAGACACUUGAKUUGGAAGGAGAMMUGUUGCCAGCAGAAAGAACCCUCGGUGUCUUGUGGAAGGUAKAGUCUGACACUUACGGAUUUGAUGUUCAUCSAGAAGAAAGGCCACUUACUCGUCGUGGACUUCUUAGUACGGUCAGCUCUGUGUAUGACCCGCUUGGGUUUGUGAGCCCAUUCGUACUGAAAGCGAAGAUUCUAUUUCAAGAACUUUGCAGAAUCAAAUCUGGCUGGGACGACCMCAUGCCAGCAGAGAUAAAGGAGCAGUGGUGUCGUUGGCUACAGGAUCUYCCCCUCAUUCAGAACUUGGCUGUUCCUCGUUGUCUGAAGCCUAAGGGUUUUGAAACAGCUUCCGCCGAACUUCACCAUUUCAGAACGGGCAUAUGGUGCUGUGUCAUAUCUAAGGAUGAUUGA